AAUCAGCUGACCGCGCGAACGCCCCUCUGGACGUGCGCGCUCCCGCAAGCUGGAGGUUUGGCAUCUAAUGAGGUGCGGCUGUCAGAGUCAGAGCAACAGCAGCAGCAAGAAGUAAACAACCAAGUCCUGAGUCCUCAUCACUGAUCAUGUUUUUCGACAGCGACUUAUUUGAAGACGUCCGCCACCCUCCUCAACGCCUGACACCCAUACUGGGAUGUAAACUUGUGCUUCUCUGCCCCAUUCCCAUUGCUCAGGUCGCACUUGGUGUGAUACACCUGGAUGACUGUCCACGGCAGCACAACAUCCCCAUCUACCUGAUAGUGGUGGGCAUCUUUUUCCUGGUGCAGGUGGUGGUGACGGUGGUGGUGCUGUCGCUGCUGUCCUGCACCCAGGAGCCUGAAGAGGGCCCCUCCAGCCCGCUCAGUCGAGCCUACCUCGUCUGGAACUCCUUGGCAUCCUUCUUCCUCUUCUGCUGGUUUAUUGCUGGUAAUGUGUGGAUAUACUCCAUUUAUCAGCCCAACUACAACAAGAACACAACAAAUGUGGAUCCGUACUGUGACAAGACACUCUACCUGUUCGCCUUCUGGACCACCACCGUAGUCUACAUCCUGCUGGGUCUGUUCCUGCUGUUCUUAUGCUGCGUUGGCUUCAUUGGCUUAUGCAUGUUUGUGUGUAGGUGUCUAGAAACAAGCCAAUGAGGAGACGGGAUGCAUCUCACAAGGCUGCACACAACGAGUCGACUGCUGAGGCUGUUAGUGUCUUUGUUUCUUUAAACACAACACUGGACUAAUAUCUUAAUAAUUGUCAUGUAUUAUAGUGGCACCACUAGUUGAACAGCCACAUAGAUUUUAACACUGAUUAUAAAUAAUGUGUUUCCUCAAUGCUGAGCCUUUUCUACCUCCUGCAGAAGCUGUAGGGCUUUCUGUUUGUAGGAAUCUUCUCUCACUUCCUCUCCAAAAGUCACAUAAAAUGUAUCGCUGAACUGGGCUUGAACUUGAUGCAGAGUACAGCAGGAUGGUAGAAUAAGAUGUACUUUAUUGCUCAUGUUUGUUGAUAAAUUGUGUCAGGAGAAGACUAUAAAACAUGGUCAAGUUUAACCAAUCAUACUCCACAUUUUACCCAUUAUGCACUUUAUUUUUAGAGUGAUUUUCUUAAAACAUUAUAAGCCUACACAAAAUACUUUAUGAUCCAUAUUGCAGUGGUUUGUUUGGAACAUUUUUCAUGUUUUUUCUUGUUUUAUCUCCACUAUGUAACAUUUAAUCACAGCACUUAUUCUACAGAUCAAACUAUCAGAUAAGUUUCACUGCUAUAAAUGUACUGUAAAGAUAUAGUAUAUUAACCAUGAUACAAUCACAGAAAUGUUGUAUUUUGUCUCUCUGAAAAAUCAAUUUAAAGAGGUUGUACUGUAACUCUGUAAGACAGGAAAUGUGUUUCCGUUUGAUCAGACUUCAGGAUGUUAAAAAACGUCUGUUUGACCACAAGACAGAGCUCGUAGAGCACUCAGGUUACUAACAUGGAGAGAGAAAUAAAAGCAAGUUG